AUGGUAAGGACCUUGGCGGAAGCGGGUGCGGAUAUUGCAAUCUGCUACUACAGGGACCAAGAAACAGCACGCCUUCUGCAAGACGAAAUCACCGCCAAAGGCGUACGGGCAGCCAUAGUACAGGCGGAUGUCACGAAUCAGGAUUCGAUAAACGCUAUGCGUGAUGUCGUCUCAGAGCGACUUGGUUUGGCAGACAUCAUUGUCAAUAACGCCGUCAUUCAGUAUAACUGGACCUCGGUUUUAGAACAGUCCGCUGAAGACUACGAGAGCCAGUUCCAGUCAUGCGUUCUGCACAAUGUAUAUAUGGCACAAGCCUUUGUCCCUGGAAUGAUCGAAUCAGGAUGGGGGCGGGUUGUCAGCAUUAAUACGGAAUGUUCAAUGCAAAACUUCGCAACUCAAAGUGCCUACACAUCGGGCAAGCGGGGUAUGGAUGGUGUCUUGCGGGUGCUCGCUAAAGAGGUCGGUGCACACGGUGUCACUGUCAAUCAAGUUGCUCCGGGAUGGACUGUCAGCGAAAAGAGUGAAGCGAGUGCCUCCGACGAACAUUAUUGGAGUAAGGUGCCGAUGCAACGCCGUGGGACUGCCCAAGAAAUCGCCAAUACCGUGCUUUUCCUUGCGUCAGAUCUCGCGAGUUACAUCACAGGACAAGUUGUGUCUACUGAGGGAAAUAUGGAACGACAUAAACUCGAGUACGAAAUGCUAAAUGACCACAAUCCAAAUGCGGAAACGGGGCAACACUGGGAGGUGGAUGUCCAUGCCACACCCGAGGAAUUGCAGACGUUCGCCGAAACGGGGUUAUCUUGUUCGCGAAGCUCUGCCCAACACCCGGAUGCCGUUGGUAUCUGGCUCUUCGAUGAAGGGGCUGGCGAUGAAGCCGCUGAUAGUUCAGGGCAUGAACACACCGCCAGUGUUGUUGGUGGAAAACUGGAAUGGGCUGAUGGCAAAAUUGGUAAGGCGGCUGGUUUUAAACCCGGCACGUAUCUUGAGGUCGAACAUACAGACGCGUUAAACUUAGAAACGUUCACGGUUGCGGCAUGGAUAAAAUUCGUGAGUGAUACAGAUGGCGGUGAGCAGAACAUCGCCUAUAAGCAGGUUGGAGAUGAUCGAGCAACGCGCAAUUAUACCCUGAAAAUGUGGGGUAGCAAAAUCUACGGCAUCUUUGCCAGUGAUGGGAACACGGACGCUGUUGAAUUGGAGAGUGCCACGGAUGUUGUUGACGAAAAAUGGCAUCAUGUCGCACUCACCUAUGACAAAAAAGCAUUGCGGUUAUAUGUUAAUGGCAAAGAGGAAGGUUCCGGCAAUUUUGCGAAAAACCCCGAAACAAACGAUGCACCCCUCCGUAUUGGAAACGGUAUUGACGGGUUCAUUGAUGAACUUCAGAUCCUGAGUGUUGCCCUUUCCGCAGAUGAGAUUCAAAGCGAUAUGGAUAACGGCAUACAACUCCCCGUCGAAUCGAUAGGCAAAGUUACUACGACAUGGAGCAGGCUAAAAACACAAUGGUAG